AUGACAGCAAGUUCUACACUCGACAUCGAUGCCAUUCCCCCUACCUGGAAUGGCAGUUACCAACACUGCCGAAAGAUCACAGUUCCGUCAAGUUAUCUUAUGACGGUUAUUUUGGCAGUUUGGUCCACUUUAACGUGGGGGCCUCUGAGCGAACUUCUGAGACAAGUUGACCACUUCUUCGUUGCACCAACUACCUCGGACGGCUCAAUUCCAGUGGCAGUUGAACUGGCAUGUGGGCAUUUGCACUGCAGAAAGUGCCUCCUACCGAAGAACGACUGCGUUCCCCUCUACCUCAUGUGCAGAGAUUGUUACGAAGUUACCCCAACUGAUGUGGCCACCGUUCCUCAGCUCGAAUCAUCUACGAAAGUAAAUAUCCGGCGAGACAGGAUUCGGAAAGAAUUGGCCCGUAUUCAGCUCAUUAGGAAGCGGGGCGAAGAACUCUUCGACGAGGCGGAGAAACUGCGAGAAAAGGUCUUGGAAGCCUUCUACAAUCUUCUCUCCAGAUCUACCAAACCGGAUGAUCAGCUGUCUUUAACCGAUGCUCUACACUUAAUGGAGACCACACUGAAUGAGUUAGAAGAUUGGAGUAGACGCGCUGUUGCCGUCAAAGAUCCUCAUGACAAAACAAUUGACGAAUUAUGCCGCUCUGGGGUUGAUUUAAUUAAAAGAGCCAGCGAACUGUCAGAAAAGUAUCAAAGGGAAGUGAAUGUGCAGCCGUAUGUCCCAACCACAUCCUACUUCCAGCUAAAGGAUAUCCUGGAAUCACCCAUAUUUAUUUAUCCCGACUAA